AUGAGUUCAUGCUCUUUCGGAGAUGGGACUUCACUGAUUCCAACUGUAGAAGGUGUCAUGAGUGAUAUCAUCAUCGAAACCGAGUUUCUACAACAGUUUCAAUCGAUGGAUACGAAGAAAAAGUCCGGUACUAUUCAGGUUCUCGUAAUUGCUAUCUACGAGAUCGGCUGUCUUAUCGGUGCUGCCGGUAUCAUCGCUUUCGGCGACAAACUAGGUCGACAACGCGCUGUCAUCGUUGGAGCAUGCAUCAUGCUUGUCGACACUGCCAUCAAGACACCUUUUGGCCUUGCACAGCUAAUCAUCCGUGGCUUCCUUGUGCUCUUCGAGGGCGCACCCAUCACUGCUGGUAUCAUAUUCACCUACUGGUUGAACCAAAGAGUCUGGAAAUGGACUAGAUCACGGCUGAGAAUAGAUGUGAAAGAAAGAAGAAGCUCAUUCGCAUGCCUUGCCCUCUUCGUCGUUGAUCGAUUCGGUUGCCGCAACUUGACGAUGUUCGGCUCAGGAGGUCUUCUAUUGUCCCUGCUUAUUAUCGGCGACUCUCUUUCGCAAGCCACCGAGACCAAUCGCAAGCCUGCCAUUGCCGCAACAGCCUUUCUCAUCGUGUACGACACUGCCUUUGCGAUCGGGUGGCUAGGUGUCACUUGGCUGUACCAGGCUGAGAUCACAUCUAUUCGGAUCAGGACGGAGACGAAUGGCUUCAGUACUUGCUUAAACUGGCUGUCUAACUACGCUGUCGUGCAGCUGGCACCCAUCAUGAUCAACAGAAUAGCUUGGAAGACAUACUUCGCCUUCUUCUGCUUCAACCUUUGCUUCAUUCCCAUCCUUGCGCGCAUCACAGGAUGGUGGCUGGUGAUGCAAGUUCGGAAAGGGCACAGCAACAUCUUCAUGCCCGACCUCCACAAAAUAUACGGCUGCAUCGCCAGGAUAGCCCCAGAUCAGGUCCUUGUCUGCUCUGAAGAUAUAAUUCGAACCGCAUACGGUGCCGGAACCGACUCCAUGAAAGGUGACUGGUAUCAGACGUGUGCAGCACCAGAUAAGGCAGCUAGGGUUCGAGAAGGCGAGCAUCUUGACCUGCUUACCGAGACGAGUUAA